UUGCACGCGUACCCCACUGCCAGGUUCCGGGAGCGCGCUUGUGCGCGGGGUCCUGCGGGCGCGCAGCUCGGGCCGGAGCGGCUGCGCCCCUCCUGCGUGUUGAAAUUCAAAUGAGGCGAACUCCCUCCACGCGGCGCGGGCAGAGAGGUCGAGAUCAGGGUGAGUUGGAGAGGGACGCGCUCCCAAGCCAGGCAAGUCCGAGGUACCCUGGGCGGGGUCGAACCCGCGGCCAAUGUGAGAGGCGGAGGCUUAAAGAACUCCGGUCCCCGCCUCCUGCCGCAGGAUGGCUACCGAGCAGUGGUUCGUGGGACCGUUCCCCGCCGGCUCUGGGGAAACGCCGCCCCUGGACGACUCUCAACCUGGGGCACAGCCUUGUGGAGACCCCUUGCGGUCGCCCCCCUCUGGCCAACCUGGGGACCCACCCGAGGCGGAGCCCGAGGACGUCCAGGGGCAGCUGCCCGAGGCCUCCACCUCUUCGCCUUCCCUUGAGCCUCUGGCCCCAGGCCCCGGGCCCGCCCCUCGCCUAUCCUUGGACACCAUGUUCAGCCCCAUCACCGAACAGCUCCGCUACCUGCUCAAGAAGGCAGAUGAUUUCCAGAGCUACUUGCUCUACAGCAGGGACCGAGUGCAGAAGGAACAGCUCGUCAAAGCCAUGCCCACCUUCUUGCAGAUGUGUGAACCCUACUUCCUGUACCUGGAGGCAGCUGCUCGGAGUGUUCCCCCCAUCUAUGGAGCUCUACAGGAGCUGAUCCGAAAGGCGCUGUUGGAGAUUUCCCAACAGCUGACCCUGCGCCUGGAACAGCUGGUCCUCAUGUAUGCCUCAUUUGGGUUUGUGGACCUGGAGGAGACUGACCCCCUAAGCAUCUCCUGUUUCUUCUGUGGGAGGUUCUCCAUCAGUCCUUCCCACGAGGUGUCCAUCUUCAGAUACUGUGCCCCUGCUGCCUACACCGCCGGCCGCUUCCCCCGAUACCUAUAUAAGAAGAUGCGCUGGAACCUGGAAACCAUCCCAGAGCCCAGCAGCUGGGGACAAGAUUCCCAUGUGGAUUACUACUUCCUGUGCUAUCGAGAUACAUGGGAAGACACAGGCAAGAGUCCAGCCAAUUCAUGCCCCCAGAUUCAGAAGCUGUGGUCCAUCGGCCGAUGGGUACCCCUAGGACCAGCUGAGGAUGACCUUUAUUCAUGGAUUUUGUGCCCGCAGCCUCCUGGGGACUACCAGCAGCUGCUGACCAUCGGCUUCGAGGAGCCGUCGCACAUGCUGGCCACCGACCUGCUGGUGCAGAUCCUCAUGGGCCAAGCAGGAACGGCUCGGCCCGCGAGCGCGGCGGGGCCAGCGGCGUGGGCCGCGCAGGGGUCUUGA